AUGACGGCUCCUCCCCCUGGCCACUCUCAGCAGUCUGCGGACUCCACCGACCCUCACCUCACGGACCCCACGCUCCUCAGGGACAAUUCCGAGUUCAAGGCUUACAAGACGAGCCGUUUUGAGUAUCCUGGCCUCAGGAUAUUCUAUCGCCAACAUGCCAAGGCCGACCAGCUUCCCAAGAACCCGGCGCCUCUCCCCUUGCUCGUCUUCCUCCAUGGACUCGGCGGCUCAGUGGCCCAGUUUCACCCCCUGCUGAGCAGCUUGGCGGAUCUGGCUCCCUGCCUGGCCAUUGACUACCCCGGAUGUGGCCGUUCGGAGUUUUCUGUCACAUCAUGGGACGCCUAUACCACUGAGGCUAUAGUGGAGCUGCUGGAGACCAUUAUUGACGACUACCGAGACAAGGAUGCUGGCCAGCGCGUUGUUCUCAUCGGCCACAGUAUGGGGACCGCCCUGUCGGCCCAAUUGGCUAACCAAAAGGUGCCCCAUACGACAUCGCUGGCACAAUACGUUAUAGGACUCAUCGCCAUAUGCCCCGUUUCUAGUCCACCCAGCGAGUCCAUGACUACAUGGGCCAAGAGGGCCAUGUGGAUUCCUGGAUGGCUGUUCUCUUUGUGGCGGUCUUGGGAUGCACGGGGUGGUCCUGAAAGUGCAAGCGUCAAGCGUUUCGUUGGCGAGAGCUCAGACGAGACUGCCCGGAUUCUCCAGUACCGCUUUAACAAACAGAGCCGGACUCCUGUCUGGAGACGCAUGGCAAACGGUGCUUUGCCCGACUACAAGAAUGGCAAACCCGUUGGUGGCAUCCCUACACUCGAUGUUUGGGCGGGCUUGGACAUGCCAGUUUACUUGAUUGCGGGGGAAAAGGAUAACAUUGUCUCGCCCAAGGAGGUCGACAAGAUUAUUAAGGUGUUGGAUCCCGAGACAACUCCAUCCCAGGCGGAGAUGGCGGAGGAGACAAGUAAGACUAUUGUCGACUCUGCUGCCCCGGUCAACACAUCAACACGACCCGCAGACCACGUCCCGCAGGCUAUCGAGGAUCUCCGAGACGAGGACUUUAAGAGGGCCAAGGCUACUCAGACGGAACUUCCAGCUCUGCCAAACCACCCCCAGAAGGUCAUCCAUUCCAUCGUCCUGCCUUCACCUGCCACUCACGCCCUCCUUUACACCCCCAGCACCGUCCGUGCUGUAGCUGGCCUCAUCUCUGAUUUCCUGGGGGCAAACAUCACCGGUCGACUUUCACUCGCAUGGCAACUUCAGUACCUAUCCCGCGAGGGCAAGUGGGACGUCAAGAAUCUCAACAAGUGGAAGUCGGUCAACCCUGUUUCCGAGCCCAUCGGACCUCCCGGGAAGCCCGUAUUUCGCGCCAUGAAGACGCUCCGCGAGGCUGACGACGUCCACUGCCCGACGGUGUUCGUCUCUGACUGGGGUGGCUUCGUCAAGGACGUCAUCGACAUUUCUAAAGACCAGCCUGUCUACGACCCCCGCGGCCUCGAGCGUGCUGGCAUUCAUUACCAUAAAUUCCCUACCGUCUCGAAGGUACCCCCUAGCGCCAAAGAAGUUGACGACUUUAUUCGCCUCGUUGACGACCUGCGCGCAAAGCAGCCUGAGCGUGCCGCCAAGGAAUCCUGGGAGGAUCCCGCGCAGUGUGUCAUUGGCGUCCACUGCCAUUACGGUUUCAAUCGCACCGGCUACUUCAUCGUCUGCUACCUCGUGGAGCGGUGCGGCUUCGAGGUCCGCAAGGCCAUCGAGACGUUUGCCAAGAUGCGCCCCAAUGGUAUUCGCCACUCGCACUUCUUGGACCGGCUGUACGUUCGAUACAACGUGGAUGGCGCUCGCGCUACUUAA